ACUUAUAUCAAAUGUGUUGGCGGGCCCAGGCACCGCCACCAGCACAGAGAAACCCUCUCAAAAGGCAAGCUUUAAGAGCGAGGUAAACUUCAUCUAUUGUUUGACGCGAUCUUGGCAGGUUUACUUCUGAGCAGCUAGAAUUCUGAUUGGUGACCAAAAUGUUCUGAGUCACUGAUAGGGUCUCAUCAGACAAGGCUUUAAUACAGGGGUCUGCGUUAUUGCUGUGCGAGCCCUGCGGGGUAGGUGUAGGAUUAUAUUGUACGAGGCUGAAAGCUCACCAUAUAUCAUGCUUGACUGGGGGGAAAUCUCUGUAGACCAACGAUCUACUCCAAACUACUGUCACGGCUCUCAUGCUCACUAGGAAUCUACAAUACCUUCACACCCAAAUCUGAGAACAGCAUCAUCAGAAUGUGCUACAAACGGUGGAAAACUCCAGUCAAUUACCCAGACUGUACCGGUCCACGGAACGAAUGUACGAAAUUCGAGCCCGAUCAUGACCAUGUACAACAAUGUGACGCGAGACGUGGGUCAACUUCUUAUUGCGAUCCUAUCACACAAACGUCUCAAGGAAGCUCUACAAGGAGGAAAAUAAAUUGUCCAAAGCAUCGACUUCCUGGAUCGACACCCAAUUCGGGAUCUUCGGGAGCUGCAGGAGGUGCGGGAGCCGCAGGAGCCGGAGGAGCUGGCAAUUAUAGUCUGGGCGUGCAGGCUCCAGGUCUUCGAGUUGGUGCAUAGAACGGGAUUGACGAGCGGGUGCUAUCGAAAUAUUACUGCUGAGCUUCAUGAAAUUGGUAUGCUAAGAGGCGAGACCUCUUCAAGGAAAAGAGUUAAGAUUGAACUUAUAUCAGUUUAUAAUAUCCAUGCAUGUGGGGUUCCAUGUAAAACACACAUAUAAAAUCCCUAAUCUUCGGAGGCUAAUUGAUCGCGCGUAGUUAAAGUAGUUAGCUAACGAGUGAGGAAUCCCCUUUGGUAUAAUAGCUGGUCCCAAAGUGCG